GAGGAAGAGAGAGGGAGAGCAAGAGAGAGUGCAGAGAUGUCUUGAUGGAUUAUUGGAUGGGCAUGCUUGCUAGUUUUUGGACAUUAUUAACUAUGGAUUGGAUAAACUGAUGUUAAAACUGACAACUCAACCCCUUAAUCAGGUGAACGGAGAAGAUUAUGGACGGCGAGAGUCUCAUUCAACAGAUUGAACGAGAGAUGGAAGCCACUUCUUUACCGUUUUCAGUGACCACCGACUGGCUGGAGGAUGGAAACGAGACGAUUGGGAAUCAGUUCCAGCAACCCGACUGGCAGGUGGCUCUGUGGGCCAUAGCCUAUGCCCUCAUCAUCCUGGUGUCCAUCACUGGUAACGUCACAGUGAUCUGGAUUAUUCUCGCUCACAGACGCAUGAGGACUGUAACCAACUACUUCAUCGUUAACCUUGCCUUCUCUGAUGUUUCCAUGGCAACUUUCAACACUCUUUUUAACUUUGUCUAUGCGCUUCACAAUGACUGGUACUUUGGCCUGGGUUAUUGCCGAUUUCAGAACUUCUUCCCCAUCACGGCCAUGUUUUCAUCAAUAUACUCGAUGGCCGCCAUCGCAGUGGACAGGUACAUGGCCAUCAUUCACCCUCUGAAGCCCCGUCUCUCCUCCACCUCUACAAAGGUUAUGAUUGCCCUGAUUUGGGCAGUUGCAAUCUCCCUGGCUUUCCCUCAGUGUUACUACAGUGUGACAAUAUUUUACUACCCCAGAACCGUGUGCAUGGUCGACUGGCCUGACGAUUAUGGAGGAACACAUCAACUAAGUUACCAGUUUGCAGUGAUAUUGCUGAUCUACUUGCUCCCUCUACUGGUAAUGCUGGUGACCUACAGUUUGGUUGGCCAAUCCCUGUGGGGUGGGCACAUCCCUGGAGAGGCGACAUACCACUACCACAGCCAGAUAACAGCCAAGAGAAAGGUGGUGAAGAUGAUGGUUGUGGUGGUGGUGACCUUUGCCAUGUGCUGGUUGCCCUACCACAUCUACUUCAUACUGGGAUCAUUUAACAGAGACAUAUAUAAACAACAUUACAUUCAACAGGUGUAUCUGGCCAUAUUCUGGUUGGCGAUGAGUUCGACCAUGUACAAUCCUAUCAUUUACUGCUGUCUAAACCAAAGGUUUCGUGCAGGUUUCCGUCAUGCGUUUGCUUGGUGUCCCUUUGUCAAAGUGUCGGAUGAGGACAGGAUGGAAUUGCAGCACACGCACACCUUCAGAGUCACCAUGACACGCAGCCACCGCAGUGACAGUGCAUACGCACACACCUCCAUCAAAACAAACAACACCUUUGACACAAAUGUGGCUGUCAGCACUCAGCUAAACAGAGAGAGAGAUGUUUGCUUGCAGCUUAAAAAAUCACCAUUGAAAACAUACAGCACACAUGCAGUGAAGAGGCCAGACGACACAAAAUCCCCAGCAGCCAAACUUAUGCAGCAUAGCCGCUGACUACUGAAACAAUUCAUAAUGAGCACUUUCAUCAUGGGAAGGUAACAGGGUUUUUCUACCGUGACAACAGAUAAAAAAUAGACUGCAGCCGAUAAAGACAGAGGAGAGCCUGCUGAAUGGUGACAUUCAUCCAUGUGGAAAACCUUAAAGUAAAGAGGUGUUCAUUGGUCCUGGUUUGGGACCAAUUGCCUUCUUUGUUAAAGAGGAAUAUCAAUUAAUGUGACUUUCAAGCUGAUGGAUGUUUUGCUGUACCGGCCAAAUUAGUCAUAUGAGCUUGUGGAAACCUAGUUAUGUAUAAAGAAACCACACCUGCAUACUGGACAAAAAAAGAGAAUCUUAUUCCUUCAAGUGUUAGUCUGUAGAUAAAUCCAUCCCUCAUUCAUUUCUUUUACUAAAGCCCAUUCUCUUCCUCCUCCCUCCAUCGUCUAUAUACUUUCAUUCAUCGCUGACUUUUUCUGAAUCUGUUGUGAACUUUGGAUAUGUUUGUGUAACUGUAGAGUUUUUUGUGUGGUUAGUGGAUUUCAACAGCAUGUAAUGGAUGAUCAGUCCACUGGCAUCAGCACCAAGCCUUAAUAUUGUUAUUGUUGUUGUGUGUUUUCUUCUUUUUAUUGCCACAGAUAUGGGACUUUAAAUAAGGAUUUCUUUUCUCAAAUGGACAUUUUUUAUUGCAUUUUACCUUCACCAAUCACAACACAAAGUUUUAAUUAAAGUUAACCUUUAGUGGCUCAGUUUAUUAAAGAAAAAAAGUAAUUUCUAAUAGUGUGGGAUCAGCCAUAUUGAUGACCUUAAAAUAAAUAACUUUUAUUAAGUUAGUAAAGAUCUGUCUGAGGAGCUCUGUGGUAUAAAUUCAGAGGUUAAGGAUCAGCAACAGGCACAUCGUUAGCUAGACAGGGUGUAACCUAUAGCAGCAGGGCCAAUAUGGAAUGACUGAAUUAAGGAUACACUCAACAUUUUCUACGUCAAAGUGUCAUAACCAGCUAUCAACACAAUUUCAGUAGCAGUAAGGACACCUCCUCCUGUGUCUAACAUAAACCAAAACACAUAACAACACUGACAUUAAUUGAUUAUUGUACAUUUUAGAAGAAUAAAACCAAAUUGAAUUGACCUUAUAUUGUAGAUUUUGCUGGAUCUCCCUCAUUAUCAGUUAUGAGCAUGUAGCUGUUACUGUACAGUGCAUUCCAUCUAAAUCGGUCAAAUAGUGUACAUUCAUACAGUAUGUAGCUCAUACUGUAUAUUGGGACUUCACUGGUUUGUGCAACUGCCAUUUUUCAUGGUUAGUGUGCAAUAAAGUCAAGAUUAAAAAGUAAGUGCUGCUACUUAGAAGAAUGUGAUGUAAAAUGUAAUCCGUUUUGUAUGUAUUAAUGU